AGGGCGGGCUUUCACCAGGUCUGGGGCCUUUGUCCGCGAGCGGCCCAUCUCUGCUCCGCGUUUUCCCAUUCAAGCCCCAGGAACUUUGCUGCGGCUUUAGCAGUUUUUCUUCUCUGUGACCAGCUGGUGGGAGAUCCUCAGGAAAAGGGCCGAGUUCCCCAGAAGCCAGACAUGGAACUGUUGACAUUCAGAGAUGUGGCCAUUGAUUUCUCUUUAGAAGAAUGGAAAUGCUUGGACACUGCUCAGCAGAAGUUGUAUACAGAAGUGAUGUUAGAGAAUUACAGAAACCUGGUCUUCCUUGGUCUAAGUGUCUCCAAACCAAACCUGAUCACCUUCCUGGAGCAAAGUAAAGAGGCUUGGAUUAUGAAGAGUCAAGGGACAGCAGCCAUUCCUCCAGGUAUGUCUUAUCAUAAUCAAGGAUGUUCAUCUGAGCUAGAGGUACAUCAUUCCUUCCAUAAAGUGACAAAUCAGAGAUACAAAACUUGUGGCCAUAGCAGCUUACAACUUAGAAAAGAAUUGGAAAUCAUUGAUAAGUAUGAAGGCGCAAAAUCAUUUUAUAAUGGACUUAACCAAUGGUGGACAUCUAAAAACAGCAGAAACGUCUCUGUCAACAGUAACCAAAAAUACAUAACAUCUAAGAAAAUAUCUGAAUAUAUGCCACUUUCUUUUAAUGAUCCAUGUGAUUCCAUAAGUAAACAUUCACAUCAAAUUAUGAAACAUAACUUUCCUUACAAAGAAAAUUUAAGAAAGCUAAAAAUGUGUCUAGCUUGUGAUUCAGUUCAUUACUUGAAAAAUUUCAAAUUCUUUGACACUGGAUUAAAUCUUCAUUCAAACAUUUCUAUAGACAAGAGACUUAUAAAAGACAAGCAGACUUCUAGAUGUGAUCAUUUAGAGAUUUCCUUUAUGAAAAAUACGUUAUUCUGCAAGCAUCAAAUUGGUCUUUCUUCUGCCAUAAUAAACAGUUUUAACAAGUAUGGAACAUUAUUUACCCAACCAUUAAUGCUUAAUCAAAAUCCUCCUAUAGAUAUUUUGAAAACUCAUGGUGUACAUAAUGAACAAAGGAAGGUCUUUAGUGAGGACUCUACCCAACAAAAUUACCAGGAUAUUUACAUUAGACAGACAAUUCAUCAAUGUAGUAAAAUUCAUGAAAACUUUUCACGUAGCUCAAAUCCUAGUAAACAUCAGUGUAUUCAUUUUCUACAGAAUAUUUACAAAUGUGAGAAAUGUGGUGAAAUCUUUGAUCAGUGCUCAAAACUUACUGUCCAUCAAAGUAUCCAUAUUCAACACCAGGCAAUUGAUACUGCAGAGAAACAGUACAGAUGUAAAGGAUGUGACAAAGUCUUUACCAAAGCUUCAGCCCUUACUCAACACCAGAAAAGUCAAACUGAAGAGAAACCCUACAAAUGUAAAGAUUGUUGUAGAGAUUUUAAACAAAACACAGCUCCUACUCAACAUGAGAGAAUUCAUAGAGGAGAGAACCCUUACAAAUGUAGAGUCUGUGGCAGAGCCUUUAAAUUUUUCUCAACUCUUACUCAGCACCAGUUAAUUCAUACGGGAGAGAAACCCUACAAAUGUAAAGAAUGUAACAAAGCCUUUAAUCAAAGCUCUAACCUUACCAGACAUCAGAGAAUUCAUACUGCAGAGAAGCCCUAUGAAUGUAAAGUUUGUGGCAAAGCCUUUAAAUAUCGCUCAACUCUUACUGAACACCAGAGAAUUCAUGCUGGAGAAAAACCCUACAAAUGUAAAGAAUGUAGGAAAGCCUUUCAUCAAAGCUCAAAUCUUACUAGACACCAGAGAAUUCAUACUGGAGAGAAACCAUACAAAUGUAAAGAAUGUGGCAAAGCAUUUGCUGGAAGUUCAAAUCUUACUUUACAUGAGAGAAGACACACUGGAGAGAGACCUUACCAAUGUAAAGAAUGUGGCAAAGCCUUUCAUCAAAGCUCAGCCUUUACUCAACACCAAAGAAUUCAUACUGGAGAGAAACCCUACAAAUGUAAACACUGUGGCAAAGCCUUUGAUAGAAGUUCGGCACUUACUGAACACCAGACAAUUCAUACUAGAAAGAAACCAUACACUGCAAAGAACAUGACAAAGCCUUUUAUUGAAGCUCACAUUUUACCAGAACCCAGGAAUAUAUAUUGGAGAGAAAUCCUACCAAUGUAAAGAAUGUGGUAUAAAAUAUGAUCAAAGCUCAACCCUUGCCGAACCCCAAAAAUUUAUAGUGGAGAGAAGUCCUAAAAAUGUGAUAAAACUUUUACCAGUAUUCCGUAUUCAAAUUUUAGACAACAUCACCAUAUUCAUGUUAGAUAAAAAUCUCCACAAGGCAAAGCUUCUGGAAAAGCCUGUAACUGUUCUUCACAUCUUAUUCAACAUUAAAAACUUUACACUAGAAAGAAAACAUACAAAUGUAAAGAUUGUGUCAGAUUGUUUAAUCAAACCUUAAAGCUUUUUAUACAUUAAAUAACCUCAAUUUUGAAAACUAGAUAAUAAAAAAUUUAAAUUGAUCUUUAUAUCCUCCAAACAAAACUGCUUUCUGACAGUUAAUGAAGUUUGUGUGUAUUUGUAGAGAAAACGCAAUAAAUUUUGAAUUAUUUUCUUUAAACUUUCAGUUUUUUAGUGAAUAAAAGAAAGGCUCAUAAUGUGCUAACAGUGUUGAGUAGUGAAUGAUAUUCUUCCACAGACAUUAAACUCUUCUGUUUUGUUCAAUUUUUUAGGAAUCAGAUGCUACUGAGCAAAUAGAAUAACAACAUUUCUAGUAGUCAUUUUUCCUGGGGUCAUUGAAAUUGAUAUAAUUUGGAGACCAAUAU